AUGGCCAACACACACAAAUCUGGAGAAUCAAGCAAUAUUGAUAUGUCAAAACUGAUCUCUGAAAUGUCAAAACUCACUUCACCUUCACUCUCAACCCCUUCUUUGCCCACCUCAUUCAACAUCUCAUCCCUGUUUCCAGUUCCUAUGGAUCGCACCAACUACUUGAGUUGGAAAUCCCAAUUUGAAGAUGUAUUAGAGAUGCACGGCCUUGCUGCAAUUGUCAAGAACAAAACAGACCCCCCCAAAGUGCAAGAUGAUGGCUCUGUGCACCCUGAGUUAGCUAGGGAUAAACUGGUCCUGAGUUGGAUCAAGGCAACUUCCUCCUCCUCCAUUAAGACACUCCUCAUCCCAUAUACCACUGCUCAUCAAGCCUGGACCAUGUUGGCCAAGCGUCUCUCACCUCUUGCUAGUACCCGUGUACGAAUUCUUCGAGACCAAAUUCGCACUCUCAGAAAGGACAACAACACAACUGUAACUGAUUAUCUCAAUCAUGCCAAAUCACUCUUUGAUUCCCUCACACAAGCUGGUGCAACAAUGGAUGAUGAUGAACUCAUCAGUUAUGUCCUGGAUGGACUUGGCCUUGAAUACAAAGAGUUAGCCACAACCCUUCAUCUGCAUCCUGAUAUUGAUUUUGAUCGAUUCUACGAUCUAGCUCUAAGAGAAGAGCAUCUACAGAAACGAAUGUCUCUUAACGUUGCUUCAGGCGUUGCUAUGGCUGCUGACCGUAUGCCUAACGAGCACAUCUCCAAUUCUAACAUGCCUGGCCGCAAUCAAAAUCCUUAUCCCGGAUCUGGAAGAGGACGUGGUCGUGGAAGGAAUUGGAAUCAAGGGCACAGCGGGCGUGGAUUCAGGAGAACAGAUCAUUGGGAGCCAAAUCAAGGACCUUGGGCUCCAGAUCAAGCCUCUCAACCUCGCGACAGACAAUCUGCAACCAUCACUUCCUCUCCUGCGAUUCUCUCCGAUGGACGUCCUCCAAUUCUUCCAACACCAGAAGGAAAUUCCUCAAAUGCCCACUCAUUGUUCCAUUCAAAUACCCAGCGAAGUGAAGUCAUCUGUUUUCGGUGCGACAAGCCAGGCCACAUAGCCCGUUUUUGUCCUGACCGCAAACCUCAUGCAUACAUGGCAGAAAAUUUGGCAACCUCUUCCCCUUCUCCUGUUGAUAUGGCAAACCUCAAUUGGUGUUUUGAUUUAGGUGCCACUCACCACAUGACAGCCAACGCAACCUCUCUUCCCAAUGCUCAGCCUUACACAGGUACUGAUAAAAUUAUUGUUGGCAAUGGAAAUAUGUUAACAAUAACACAUGUUGGCAAUACAACGUUGCCUGGGUUGCGUAAGUCAUUACAUUUUAAUGAAGUCUUAUGUGUGCCUGCGAUCCGCAAAAAUUAA